UGCGCGAACAAAGGGCCGCGGCGCCGGGCCGAGUCGAGCGCGCGGCCCGACCUCUGGCGGCCGCCGAGCGAAGCCGCGCCCGAGAUGGACCUGCUCUGCUGCGAGAGCGCCGAGACCGAGUGCCGGGCUUACGACGACCCGGCCCUCCUGGGGGACGACCGCGUCCUCCGGAACCUUCUACAGACCGAGGAGCGGUACGCGCCCAGCAGCUCCUACUUCGAGUGCGUCCAGAGGGACAUCUCACCGCUCAUGCGCAAGACCGUCGCCGAGUGGAUGCUCGAGGUGUGCGAGGUCCAGAAGUGCCAGGAGGAGGUCUUCCCGCUCUCGAUGAACUACGUCGACAGGUUCCUGUCCAUAUGCCCGAUCCGGAAGUCGCAGCUGCAGCUGCUGGGAACCGCCUGCCUUCUGCUGGCCUCCAAGCUCAGGGAACCCAGGCCCCUCUCGGCUGAGGUCCUCGUCUUCUACACGGACAACUCCAUCACCCUCGACGACCUGUGGGUGCGUGGCGACUCAUUUGAUUCUCCCUUUAGUUUUAGAAAAUAUUUUUUGUAUCUCCUUUAACGAAAUUUCCUCACUCCCGGCGCGGUGAUUUAAAUGAAUCCUCGUA